CAAAAUUCAAAAUGUUUAAAAAAUUAAUACUCAGUAAUAAAUAGAAUAUCCAUAAAUAAAAUUCAUAAACACAAAAUUCAAAAAAAAAAAAGAACAAUUGAAAGCAACCCCCCUGGACUGAAGUGGGAACAUAGGUAAACGGGUUAUGAAAAAGAAAUGUUGAAAGGUAGUAAUGAGAGGAGUACUAAUGGAGGGUUGAAGAAAGGGCCAUGGAGCAAAGAGGAAGAUGAGAUCCUCAUCAACUACAUCAACCGCCAUGGCCAUUUCAAUUGGCGAUCACUCCCCAAGAAUGCUGGUUUGUCAAGGUGCGGAAAGAGUUGCAGGCUACGAUGGAUGAACUAUCUGCGGCCGGACAUCAGGCGAGGAAACUUCACCUUUGAAGAAGAAGAAGCCAUCAUCAAGUUGCAUCAAGCUUUAGGAAACAGAUGGUCGGCAAUUGCCGCAAGAUUGCCCGGAAGAACAGACAACGAGAUCAAAAACGUAUGGCACAGCCGUUUGAAGAAGAGACUGCUACCGACCCACCACUAUGUUCCGGCCCAGAUUCCGGCCGCCGCCGGCCGCUUUUUAGGAAUCCACGAAAAUCCUGCAGCAACCACCACGUCGUCAAACAUUGACCAUGCAGCCGCCGGCGGUAACAGUAGUAACAUCUCCGGCGCUUCUUUGGAAUCGCCGUCGUCGUUGGAGACGCUGUUAGAGAGCUGUGACUACUUCCCUGUUUACAAUAAUGCGUCUUUGUGGAACGAAUUGACGACGGUCGCCGCGGACGGGAAAUCUGCCCAUGGGUUUCAGUCGUUCCGCUGCGCGGCUCCGCCGCCGCCGGAGAAUGAUGCCGGCGUUAGGUUUUGGCAGGAUCUGUUAAAUAUUGCUGAUGAACUACCUAGCUUUUAAUUAUUGUUCAAAAUUUGUGUAACAUCAACUUUAAACUUGGGCUAAUAAAAUAAUGCAUGUGGCCAGGCACGCAACUUAUGAUAACACCAAGUGUGACACAACUUAUGAUAUUACAUUGUCACUCGAAAAGUUUGGUAUUUUAUGUUUGUUUGUCCCUGAAACACGUAUUAUGUUGUCACAAGUGAUGUCGCACUCGGUGUACCUUUAGGUUUAUCGUAUAAUUUAUACUUUCACAUAUCUUGAGAUGAUUUGUAUUGUCUAAUAUUUACCCCCUAACUCAAGAAACAACUUUUGAUAGG